AUAAUCCAGUUUUACUUUGGCUGUGCUUGUGUGUUUACACAAAGCUUCAUCUUAGCAGUAAUGGCUUAUGACCGCUUUGUGGCCAUUUGUAACCCUCUGCUCUACACAGUGGCUAUGUCUCGUAAGCUCUGUGCUCUCCUAGUAACUGGAACUUACCUAUGGGGUGGGCUCUGUGCCACCACACUAACAUAUUUUCUUUUGGCACUAUCUUACUGUAGAUCUGCCAUCAUUAACCACUUUUGCUGUGAGUACUCUGCUAUAAUUUCUGCAGCCUGUUCUGACUCUUCUUUCAGCCAGAUAGCAUGCUUGUUUAUUUGUAUGUUCAAUGAGAUUUGUAGCCUCCUUAUCAUUAUUGUCUCCUAUGUUGUCAUAUUCACCACUGUCAUCAAGAUUCCCACUAAAGGAGCACUACAAAAAGCUUUGUCUACCUGUGCCCCUCACCUGACUGCCAUCUCUUUCUGCCAUGGGGUUAUUCUUCUUCUAUACUGUGUGCUCAAAUCAAAGAGCUCACUGCUUCUUGUUAAGAUAGUCACUGUGUUUUACAGCAUGGUCAUCCCUAUGCUUAAUCCUCUUAUUUACAGCUUAAGAAAUAAGGAUGUAAAAGAGACUGUGAGGAAGUUAAUCCACAUAAAAAUUCUUUCUCAGUCAUUAUAG